AGGCCAAUUUAUGGUUGCACCCCUGCCCAGCCAUGUGAAUUCGAUAGAUUAGGGCCUUAUGAAUUUAUUUCAAUUGACUGAUUUCCUUAUAUGAACUGUAACUCAGUAAAAUCUUUGAAGUUGUUGCGUUUAUAUUUUUGUUCAGUAUAGCAGAAGCUACUAUGCCUUGCAGGAAGUAGACUGGUUGCCAGGCAAGUUCCACUCGCAAAGGAAAACUAGCUUGAAGGAGAUCCACUGUUGAGGACUAAACUCCACGGUGAAGGAAGUUUAGUCCCCUGCGGAGAAAACGACGCAGAAGAGAAACUUCAGCGAGCUAUUCCUAUAAUCAAACGUUCAGCAAUUAUUUAAAAGCAACCUGCACGUAAAGAAAGAAGCUUAUAUUCUGCAUCAAAAAUGUCAGUCGCAGGCUUCAAGAAACAAUUUUACAAAGCAAGCCAGAUGGUCAGUGAGAAGGUCGGAGGUGCAGAGGGAACCAAGCUGGAUGAAGACUUCAAAGAUCUGGAGAAGAGGGCAGAUGUGACCAGUAAAGCGGUGGUGGAUGUCAUCUCUAAAACAUCGGAGUACCUGCAGCCCAACCCAGCAUCCAGGGCCAAGCUGACCAUGCUGAACACGGUGUCUAAGAUGCGGGGCCAGGUCAAGAGCCCUGGCUACCCCCAGGCUGAGGGGCUGCUGGGGGAGAGCAUGGCCAAGUUCGGACGAGAGAUGGGAGAGGACACCAACUUUGGUGGCGCCCUGGUGGACGUGGGCGAGUCCAUGAAGAGGCUGGCUGAGGUCAAAGACUCCCUGGACAUCGAUGUCAAACAGAACUUUAUCGAUCCACUGCAGGCCGUCGUCGACAAGGACAUCAAAGACAUCCAGCACCAUCUGAAGAAGUUGGAAGGCAGGCGUCUGGACUACGAUUAUAAGAAGAAACGCCAGGGGAAGAUCCCAGACGAGGAGCUGAGAUCAGCCCUGGAGAAGUUCCACGAGUCCAAAGAGAUGGCAGAGAGCUCCAUGCACAACCUGCUGGAGACUGAUGUAGAGCAGGUGAGUCAGAUGGCUUCUCUGGUCGAGUCACAACUGCAGUAUCACAAACAGGCUGUGCAGAUUCUGGAGGAGCUGACUGAAAAACUCCGAGACAGGGUGAACGAGGCCCAGUCUCGCCCCAGGCGUGAGUACACUCCUAAACCCAAAGCCUCCUUUGACUAUGAAGAGCAGGAGCAUUCAAAUGGAGAAUACUCCCCCUCUGCCAACCCCCCUUCAUACUCCCCAGAGGUCACGUCCUUCCACAGAACACGGUCCAUGAAGAACAGUCGACACUCCUCUGAGCCGUGCGCUAAGGCCCUGUAUGACUUCGAGCCAGAGAACGAGGGUGAGCUGGGCUUCUGCGAGGGCGACAUCAUCAUGCUGACCAACCGCAUCGACGAGAACUGGUUGGAGGGCACUAUCCGCGGCCAAUCAGGAUUCUUCCCCAACAACUAUGUGGAAGUGGUGGUGCCCCUGUAACACUGUCAGAACAACAAGAGGGAGGGAGGGAGGGAGGGAUGAGGAGAGGGAGGACAGUGGUAGAUGACAGGGGGCAUCUCAAAAGUCUAAAAUGACUUCCUCCUGUUGAUGAUCACUGAUCUAAAUAAAGCAGGACAAGGAAAUAUCAGUGUAAGAAAUUAAAAUGAGGUCACCUUAGAUUGAGUUUCACCUAAAGAUGGAUGGAAAGAAAAAGUGGGAGGAAGAUGUUGAUGGAGAGAAAGGUUAGCACAAGGAAGGUUUAUCUUCGUUUUCAUUCUCUGUACACUAGAUGGGGUUACUAGAGGAGAUGUUUGUCAUUAUGGGUGACCUGUACCCAUGAACACUACCAGAGGUGUGCUUUAAGCAGACCUAGAAAAAAACCUGCAACAAAAUUGCCUUGAAAUUGUUACCUUUAAUCACCUAUUUAUUGCCCUUAAUUCUAGGGAAAAUGGUUAAAUAUGUUUUGUUCUUCCACAAUUGGGAAUCUUUGCAUCAAAAUCUGGUUAAUUUAAUGCACACUCUUUUUCUUAUAUAAAAACACAAAAUCCAUACACACCAAUUAUUUUCCUCCCUGGCAUGGAGAGUUAGAUCUUGGCUCUAGCUGUCCUUUGCUGCCCUCUGGUGGUCUAAGCCUGUUAUACCUUCAGGAGUAGGAUGAAGUUGCACUUAGAUCAGUUUAGUAUGUUUCCCACUUAUGGUUAAGGUUAGGAUGUACGGAGUGUAAGCUGAUCCAAGAACUGUGCCCAGGGGCUAGUCCUGCAUGGACAUCAGUGCUGAUUUUUGUUUAUUUUAUAGUCCUUUUUCUAAUCCAUCCCAUACCUGUUAAAUGUGAUUGUUCAGCUUUUCUCUGGGUCUAAACUUGCGUGAAGAAUUGGCCUGUUUGCUUACCUGUUUCUACUAAAGCCAACGUCGCCAUUUCCUUGGCAAGGCAAAUAUAUGGUGUUGUUGGAAACAGUUGGGCACCUAGGCUAGUAAAUAACUGGAGUGAAUGGUCAUUAUCUGUUGGCAUACACACAGCUCUGCAGGCCAGUUAUACUAUGUCUCUAAACACUAUAACACUAUCUCCGUUUAGUACUGUUACAGCUGCAAGGCUGCCUUUCAUUGACUGGGAAGAUCUCAAUUGCUUUUUCCUCGUCUCCUGCUCAAACCCAUUGGAUGGGAAAGCCAGCCGGUCUGUCCCCUCUGACCCUUUCUUCCAAUGGGUUUCGAGAAAAAGGAGUAUGCAAUUGAGAUCUUCCUUUUGUCUGCUAUACCCCUUUGCCUUCCUCUUCUCUGGCUAUCUCUUAUUUUUGCUAACUCUUAUAUGGUCAAAAGAUCAAAAAGGGAAACUUUCCAUUGCCCACCCAAGUGCUUUGUUCUGUUUGUGUUGUGUUCUAACUUAGAUUUGAAGCCAUCUGCUCCUUCUGGCUUAACCAUGUGUGCCUGAGGGCUGAAGCCAAAGUAACAGUGUAGAGUGACCUCCUAUUAUUUACUUGCUACAGUCAGUUUGCAUACAGUGUGUUAGUGGUGCUUGGAUCAGCUGUUUUAACACCCGCAAUUGCUAAUAACCCAUCCGCAACCACCUGACUAUAUGUGAUAAAGUGAACGUCCGAGGCCCGACCCUAAACCGCAAAUAUAGAAAAUGCACUAUAGGCUAGUCAAAGACUGCAGGACUAUUUUUUUUUUUGGACAGAGGGUGCAGGACAAUUUCUUUUUUUGGACAGAGGGUGCGGGACAAUUUUGUUUUUGGGGGGGCAGAGGGUGCGGGAUUUUUUUUUGCCUUAUUUAAACAUGUUUCUGCUUAUGAUUUCUGACAUUUUGGUAGGCUAUUUGUUAGUCAACUUGUCUAUAAUUAUAUACAUAUAGCUUCUCUUCUGUCAUAUGUUGCCCUAGAAGACUAACUAAACCCUUGCUUUCUAGAAUGUCAUAAAUCAAUAGAAUGAAUGCUUCAAUCUAGUUAACAUCGGUAAAGUUUCACAGAGCAAAGACGUUUAGCGAUUGGGGAGAAAAUGCAAUAACUUUUUUUUUUUUUACGGUUUUAUGCGCAAGAUUCCCAAAUGACAUCUGUUGGACUAGGAAAUAGAAAGCUGUGGACAACCUAACAUGUUUUUGAUAAGGUUUCAGUUAGGCUUGGAUGCAAAUUUUGUGGUUUGAAAUUGUAGCAUUCACAUUCUCUCAAGAUGCUGAAAAAAAAGAAAUAAUUUCUCCACUCCUGUUCCCAAGUCCACAUUUUUCCUACAUUUAGUGUAUCAUUUUACUGCAACAAAUGCUUAAUUCUGCAGGAGUUCAUAUUAAGUCUGUGAGAGGUUUGUUUUAAACCAUCUCAACAUUAGGCUACAGUUCCCUUGACAUGCCAUAGGCCUAUUUAAAGGCCGUCUUGGCUGACAACUUUUUUUUUUUGUGCCUCACAAUCAUCACAUAUUUAAACACCCAGCAAUUUAAUGGGUAUUUACCAACGUUUCAGGAAUCACUGUGCCUUCCUCCUACCCUGAGGAAGGCACAGUGAUGCCGAAACGUUGGUAAAUACCCAUUAAAUUGCUGGGAGUUUAUACAUGGAGUGUGCGAUUUUCUUUAUUUUGAUAGUUUAUUGUCCGUUAGUCAGCACCUCCACACAAACUAUUAGUCUGGGUGUGCACCAGCUCAUGUUUUUUAAUUCACAAUCAUCACAUAACAUAGCUGGCACGAUCAUCCUCUUACCGCUUCACCACAUCUUUCCCAAACAUUACUUUUCUGUCCCUCCCUUCUUUAUUUUCAACUCUCCUUUCAUAGCUUUUCUCUUAUUGAAACUCCAACAUUGUCCUUUUUGCCUCCAUGGAUUGACUUGUUUUCUGCCUGUUCCUAAAAGUGAUUGGUGUGUAGGCUAUUUGCUGCGCGUACAGGUAGGUCCUAAAGUUUAGGCUUAUGCACUAAUGCCAGAUAGAUAAUGAAAGAAAUACCUCAAUGUAGCCUAAAGAUAUAAAUUGCACAAGAAUGAUACAUUUAUGGAUUUAAGGUAUUAUUUUCUCUUUAUUCAACCCACCCGCCUACAACCUGCCCUUCAUCCACACAAUAUUUAAUGACCCUAAACCCAUCCCUUCAGAAGAUAUAACCGCAAGGACUGUGUGUUCAAUACAACCCGCUGCCAAAAGGGGAUUUGAAAGAAGGGUCGUUUUUUACACGUGUCACCCCAUGGUGUGGGUGGGUGGGAAAGAGAGGAAAUAGUACUGUAUAUGACCAUGGACUUUAUUAGUCUUUCUGGGUGUUUCAAUUCCAGCUACGCCUUUUUACCCAGAGCCUCAGAACUGUGAUGAGGCCUACCCACAGCCGAUAACUCUAUCCUCGUUAUCUAGUUGCUACACUCCUUCACGGCACCCGUGGAAUUGUAUCUGAAACAGACACAUUUUUUAUGUCGAAAUAGGCACAGAACAGCUUAUACCCUACCCCCAUUAACUGGCUAUUUGCCCCCAUACCGCUGCCCCCUCGCCACCUACCCCUCUCACACCUGCCCCUGUUCUCCUCCCAUUUUCAUCCCUAAACCCCCUUCCAACAUCUCUUAAUCCACCCACUCAAACACUGUCUCAAAGAUCACUACAUAAACCCCCCCCCAUCUCCCUUUCCACUACUACCCUCCACUUCUUCCCUAGAACAUGCAGCUCUACCAAAAAAAAAAACGAAUAUCCUAUGUGUAUAAACUAAACACGUUCCUCCUAACUUCAUGUUUACAUGUCUCUUGGGCUAUAUUUGUUGUGUUAACAUGGUUUGGGUUUUAGUGCCUCUAGGUGAUUAAUGUUUAGGUUCAGGUGUGGGUUACCACGUACCAUUAGCCUAAAUAAAAGGAACUAGGCAGGCAGGGGGGAAAGGAGCUCCAGUUGUCUUAAGUACCUUGUUUACCGGUGUCUAUGUAAUGUAACAAAGGGCUCAGAUCAAGCAUGUCCGUUUUUGCGCACUGGUGUCGUUGUCUUCAACUAUUCUAAUGCCGUUGGUGACAAUCUGUUUUUCACACUACAUUCAAAGAUGGGUAUUUCUACCAAAUCCCACAGGAGUAUCAUAUUUUGAUAUUACGAGUAUUAUCUUACUUAAUAAUAGCAGCUUUAUUUUAAUAUACUACAGAAUAAUUUUGUGAAGUGUCCAUUGUAAAUUGCUCGUUGCCUGCAUGUGUCUAUAGGUUAUGCGUCUUGCUUUAGCGAUGAUGCCUUAUUUUGAGGCUCCGUGUUUUUGGUAAUUUACGCUCUCUGUGGAUCGAGGUUUGAACCAAGGCAGGAUUAUCUUUAUGUGGAUUCUCUUUUAUUAUCUUUGUAUUGUCAUGUAUUAAAUGUAUAUUUUUGCGACGAUGUAAAUGGGGAAUGUUGUCCGAUCGCUUGUUAAAUAAAUAUGAAGGAAAGUGAAGUGGCCCUCAGUCUGCUGGAUGUGUCUUCAGGGGGGAUGUGAAUGAUACCUUCAUUUACAAAUAAAUGACAAUUUCCAGAAAA